AUGGCUGCAGCCAUUGUGUGCAGAGUAGCAUUGAUAGUGGCGACGACGGCGGCGCUUCUUUCCCCGGCGGUAAAGGGGAAUUCGGACCAAGUAAUAACUACCGAUGAGGUAGACUACCCAAUUAGCAGCGCCGGGUGUGAUUUUUAUUCGGGGAGAUGGGUCGUUGCCGCCGGUAGUGAUAUUACGACGAAGGAGGCGGCGGCGGAGGAAGAGUUGGGGCAGGCGGCGCCGUUCUAUGACGUGUCGGAGUGUCCCUUCAUCGAGCAGGAGUUCGAUUGCUUGAAGAAUGGACGGCCGGACAGGGAGUAUCUGCGUUACCGAUGGCAACCCAAUGGCUGUGAGCUUCCCAGGUUUGAUGGGGAAGAUUUCCUGUCAAAGCUGGCCGGCAAGAAGAUGAUGUUCGUCGGAGACUCACUGAGCCUGAACCAGUGGCAAUCCUUGACAUGCAUGCUCUACGUCUCCUCCCCGCAGCCAAACAGGCGCUACACAUUGACCAGAACAGGAGACGUCUCCACCUUCACCUUCCCUGCCUACAACAACACACAGAUCCUCUUCUCCCGCAACGCCUUCCUCGUCGACAUGGCGGCGGACCACGUCGACGGCGUGGUGAUGAAACUCGACUCCGUCGCCGAGCAUUCCAAGCUGUGGCAGGGGAUGGACUUCUUGGUCUUCGACACGUGGCACUGGUGGCUGCACACCGGCAGAAAACAGCCGUGGAAGACGAUCGAGCUGGGGAACAGAACGUUCCCGGAGAUGGAUCGGAUGGUGGCGUAUGAGACAGCGUUGGAGACGUGGGCUGAUUGGGUUGAGAAUCAUGUUGACCCUGCGGCCACCAAGAUCUUCUUCCAAGGGGUCUCUCCGGAUCAUAUCAAUGCAAGUGAUUGGGGAGAGGCGAGCAGCGGCAACUGCAGGGGACAGACGCAGCCGGCGGCCUACGACGCCGGCAACUACCCGGGAGGUCCUCAUCCGGGGGAAGUGAUUCUCGACAGAGUUCUCCGGCGAAUGUCCAAACCCGUGCAUCUGCUGAACAUCACCGCCUUGUCGCAACUGAGAAAAGACGGCCACCCGUCCGUCUACGGCCACGGCGGCCACCUUUACAUGGACUGCAGCCAUUGGUGCCUGGCCGGCGUUCCUGAUACAUGGAACCACCUUCUCUAUGCUGCCUUGACUCUACAACCUUAA